UCAUCAGUCGCCUUUGGUUUCUCGUCCGUUUCGGAAGUUGUUGCAAACGUAAACGUUUGUUCGUAUAAGAAAAUCGUCUCUGUUCAUUAUCAUUCCUUCUAUCGCGGAGUAUCAGGCAGAGAAUCUUUUGAAAAAAGCUGCAUCAUAAAACCCGAAUCGAAUAACAAAAGCUACAAAUAAACACCGCGCGCCAGUUAGCGGAGGUAUCAACACUUGUUUUUUCGUUGAUAUACAAUUACAUAAGGUUUUUGUUUCGGUCGCGAGUUGUAAAUUUCAAGAGCAAGUGAGCAGAUUUUUGUUUUGCCACAGUUUCCACAACCGUGACGGAUUUUAGUCAGUUCAGUUCAGUUCAGUUAGUUCAAGCCAGACGGAAGCCAACGAAGGUUGUGUGUUCCUCUCAGUGUUCCUGUCUGCUGUCUACUGUCCUUUUCGCAAAUAAUAAUUCGUAAUGGCUGAUAAGGUGCGCGUCUGCAUCGUUGGAUCCGGAAACUGGGGCUCGGCAAUUGCCAAGAUUGUCGGCGUGAAUGCCAAACGGCUGCCCAAUUUCGAAGACCGUGUCACCAUGUACGUGUACGAGGAAAUGAUCGACGGCAAAAAGCUCACGGAGAUCAUCAAUACCACACACGAGAACGUCAAGUACCUACCUGGACACAAACUGCCAGAGAAUGUCGUCGCCGUUCCGGACGUCGUGGAAGCAGCCAAAGAUGCCGAUAUCCUUAUUUUCGUCGUUCCGCACCAGUUCAUUCGCGGACUCGGUGGCCAGCUGCUGGGUAAGAUCAAGCCGACGGCCGUUGGCCUGUCGCUGAUCAAGGGUUUCGACGUGGCGGAAGGCGGCGGCAUGGAGCUGAUUUCGCACGUCAUCACAAAGCACCUGAAGAUCCCCUGCUCGGUACUGAUGGGCGCCAAUCUGGCCGGUGAAGUAGCGGAGGAAAAAUUCUGCGAAACAACGAUCGGUUGUCGGGAUAUGAAAAUCGCUCAAACCCUGCGGGAUCUGUUCCAAACACCGAACUUCCGGGUGGUCGUUGUGGAUGACGUAGAUGCGGUGGAAAUUUGCGGUGCCCUGAAGAAUAUUGUCGCAUGCGGAGCCGGUUUCGUGGACGGCAUGGGACUAGGGGACAACACCAAAGCGGCCGUCAUCCGGUUAGGGCUGAUGGAGAUGAUCAAAUUUGUCGAUGUGUUCUAUCCGGGUAGCAAACUGUCGACCUUCUUCGAGAGCUGUGGUGUGGCGGAUUUGAUCACCACUUGCUACGGUGGCCGAAACCGCAAGGUAUCGGAAGCGUUCGUAAAAACUGGUAAAACAAUCAAGCAACUGGAAGACGAAAUGCUCAACGGUCAAAAGCUACAGGGACCGAUCACCGCUGAGGAGGUCAAUUUUAUGCUAAAAAGCAAAAGCAUGGAAGAUAAAUUCCCUUUAUUCACGGCAAUCCAUAAAAUUUGCACCGGGCAAGUCAAGCCCCAGGGCUUCCUGGACUGUCUCCGUAGCCACCCGGAGCACAUGCAAACUUUUUCCUAAUUUUUCAUAGCAAAAUUGUCACACCCUGUACGCUACGUUCCCUCGCGUUCUAACGCGAGAGUAUCAAUAGACCCUCGAACGUUCAACGAAAGUACAGUUGUUGUUUGUUAUAUAGGUACCUAAUUGAAAAACAAAAGAUAUAGGAAAAGAUAUUAUAGUCAAUAUCCCAACAAGAGCCCCCUAUUGCCUCCCCAACGAGAUGCUGUGUGUGUGUGUAACUUUGGCCUCAGAAAAAAAACGAAGUUAUAUUUAGAAGCUUACCAAAUUCGACUCGGAAAAGGUGUACCUAUCAUAUGGUCUUGCACAGUCACGUGACAGAGUGACUGGCUGAGAUAUAUCUUCCCCAGAAUGAGGCGUACAAAAGUAUUUGGUGAUAAUUUAGAACGAUAUUUUAUUUUGAAACUCUAGUUGUACUGUGUCGACCGAAAUACAUACAUAUUUUGUCUCUUCGUCUGUUGCAUAUGAGCAGAACGCGCGAUACGAACCGUGUUUGUACUGGAGAAGUGUAAAGUGAUUCUAGACGAUUAGUAAAAGAGUAAAUAUUUUUACGAAACGCCGGUAGUUUAAUGGUAUAUUAAA